GGGCAAUACUGUUCUUCCAAACGUUAAUGUCAUUUAUGUUCUACAUUCAUUCUGUCUGUGUUGAACACGAAGAAGAAAAAUGGAUGUCGAUUUUGAGGAGUUAUUGUUGUAGUAAUUCGUAACAAUAACUCUAAUGUGACAUUUCAGUGUGGUGUUAAAGUAAUUUGAAUUGGCUGAUAUCAAACAAUACAAGACGUCUUAUAAAAUGCAGGGUGAUGAUCCACCCUUCUUGCCUGUGGGUACUGAUGUCAGUGCCAAAUACAAAGGUGCUUUUUGUGAAGCUAAGAUAAAGAAAGUAGUGAGAAACAUCAAGUGUAAGGUGACACUAAAAGCCGGUGGUGGAACUAUAACUGUUAAUGAUGAUGUGAUCAAAGGCACCCUCCGAGUGGGGAGCACUGUGGAGGUGAAGCAGGACCCAAAGAAAGAUGCCAUGGAAGCCAUCAUCACUAAGAUACAGGACUGCAGCCAGUAUACUGUUGUUUUUGAUGAUGGCGAUAUAACAACAUUACGGCGAUCAGCGCUAUGCCUGAAAAGCGGGCGGCAUUUUAACGAGAGUGAAACACUGGAUCAGUUGCCUCUCACCCAUCCAGAACACUUCUCCACGCCUGUUAUUGCAGGAAGACGGGGAAGGCGAGGAAGAGCACAGUCUGAGGAGAGUGAGGGCUCAGGUUCGGGCCGGCGGGUGAAGGCUGACGUCGAGCCGCACGUGGGUCGCGUGGUGCUAGUGGAAGCGGGCGGCGGGGCCGAGCGGCGCCGCCCGCACCAGCCCGCCUUCCCCGCGCUCGUCGUCGCACCCACCGCACAGAUCAAGGUCAAAGAGGACUACCUUGUGCGGUCAUUCAAGGAUGGUAGAUACUACACAGUACCAAAAAAGGAGGCGCGAGAGUUCCGCAAGGGAAGUGCACCUCUCGAGUGGGCCGGAGUGGAAGCCGCGCUGCAGUAUCUCAACAACGCUGUGCUCCCGCCGCACUGGGACCGAGAUGCGCUCUUUAACGAACCCAGGAAUACUUCCGAUGAUAGUUCAGACGAUGAACCGCGAGAAGAAAAGGACCAUUUCGUCGCGCAACUCUACAAGUUUAUGGACGAACGUGGAACACCUCUCAACAGGAAUCCCACUAUCGCCAACAAGGACAUAGACCUGUAUAGGCUAUUUAAAGUUGUAGAGAAGCUCGGCGGCUACAACAGAGUUACCAAUCAAAAUCAGUGGAAAACGAUCGCAGACAAGAUGGGAUUUCAUCCAGUAACCACAAGCAUCACGAAUCUCUGUAAACAAGCAUAUAAGAAGUUCCUGCACAGCUACGAGGACUUCUACCGCAAGCUGGGCGUGACGCUGGUGGCGCACCCUCGCGGCGCGCGCACCCCGCCGGCGGGCCGCUCGCUCAUCCGCGACCGCGACCGCCAGCCGCCCGCCUCCUCCUCCAACUGCUCCACGCCCACGCCGCCCGCCCCGCAGCGCAAGGACAAAGACUCCGACAAGAGUGAAACAGACAAAAGCGAAAAGAGUGAAAAGGACGAAAAGCCCGAGAAACUAGAAAAAGCAAAAGAGAAAGUGCGGACCAGCGACGGAGAAGACAGCGCGGACAAUCAACCACUCAUAACGACUACUCCCAAGGUGGAGAAAGAAAAGGAAAAAGAGCGGGAGAAAGAACGAGAGAAGGAAAAGGAGCGUGAAAAGGAAAAAGAACGUGAAAAAGAAAAAGAACGCGAGAAGGAGAAGGAACGAGAGAAGGAAAAAGAAAAAGAACGGGAGAAGGAGAAAGAAAAGGAAAAAGAAAAGGAAAAGGACAGAGAAAAAGAAAGGGAGAAAGAAAAGGAGAAGGAGAAAGAAAAAGAAAAGGAGAAAAGUUCAGCUUCGACUUCUACUAGUGAGGAGAAGACUGUUGUUAAACCUCGCUCUCAAUCCAAAGGACGGACUAUUACACCUGUCAGGACAGAGAGCCAUGAGAAACGGACGCCGAAGAGACGGCCGAUGUCAUCUAAAACGGGUGAAGGGGCUAGUGGCAGCACAUCACGAGCCUCUAGGCGACCUCAUGCAUCAACAGACAGUGAUAGUUCCGGACGGGCCUCUAGAUGCGGUCCUAUCAAGAAGAUGCAGAGUCGUCGCAGUCAGAGCGCUAACUCGGCCAGCAGCGGCAACACCAUCGCUUCUAACAGCAGCAAGCGACCACGCAAGAGAAAAAACACUGAGCCCUCAACAAAUGAACCAACUCGCGGAGUAUCUAAUGUAAAAGCACAAGUGGGAGACAAAUUGAAAGUAUACUAUGGACCUACACAAUCUGAAUCAAAGGUAACAUAUGAAGCAAAAGUAAUAGAGGUAUCGUCGGAGGGCAUGUUGCGCGUGCACUACACAGGCUGGAACACGCGCUACGACGAGUGGAUCAAACCGCAACGCAUCGCCGUCAACGUCACGCAGCACGAACAGCGGAACAAGAAGGGGUCGAGUAUCAGCAGGAGAGUAAGGAGCAAGAGGACUGAAGAAUCAUCAGCCCGUUCAGAUUCUGACAGCGAUUCAGAAAGUGAUGACGAGGUCAAGAGGCCUCCAAAGAAGUCUGAUGACAAAUCUCUUCCUAAAACUCCAUCAAGGUCAAAGGACGUGAAGUCAAGCGACAGCAGUAGUUCAAGCAAGCCUCGGAAAAGGCCAGUGAGGACAGUGUCGACCCCAACGUCAGUGUCUCCCGCCAAGAAAACGCGGCCUAAUGCAGCCAGCCACCAGGGCCGCGACUACGACCUCAACGAAAUCAGAUCAGAACUCAAAGGGUUACAUACUGUUAAACAAGAGCCUGAUGACGGUGUCAAACAAGAGACUGAUAAAGAUGCGACGCUGACUCCCGCACAGGCUAGUGCGCCCUCAGAACCACCUUCAGUCGACAAACAGGCCGAAGACGUGUACGAGUUCAAAGAGCCCGAACCGUUCGAGUUAGAACUACAUGAUGAAAAGAAAAAACGCACACAUCGUAUAUUCGAUGACAUUUCGCCAAGCAAAUACACGUCCACCCUAUCAAAAUCUUUAAGUGAAGAAAUAUCAGAGGAUCCCAUGCGACCGCGACCUUCAUCACUAAGAUCACCGUCAUUAUCACCGUUCAGAGAUUUUGGCACUAGUCGAGAUGCGAGACAGAGCCCUGAAGAUGAUUCCAAAGAUGGAUUGUUCUCUCUUGACGACGACUCAUUCCCUGGCGACGGCAGCUCAGGCCCGACCUUUGAAGGGUUUACUCCAGCCAAGAACCAAGAAACUUAUUCUAAAAAGAGCAAAGUAUCAAAGUUGAGAGAGCUUAUAGAUGAUUCUCCUGAUAGUCCAGCUGACGAUGAACAGUCAUCAGACGACGAACCCGAAAAUAUAACAGCAAUGAAAGUCGAGCCCAUAGAGCCAGCUCCAUUAUUACCUGUCAUUGAGGAGCCCAAAACACCAGAACCAGUUGCUAAAGAUGAGCCCAAGGAGCCUGAACCAGUGACUCCAGUAAAGGGACCCGUAAAAGAAGAAACUGUAGAAUCUAAGGAGCAACCCAUCACAAUCAGUAUUCCGGAGCCACCAAAAACACCACCACCUCAAAAGAAACUAGAUUCGCCACUUGCUCCAAUUAAUAUCAACACUCCUCCUAUAAUAACGAUUUCAACCGUUGCAUCUCCUAAACCUUUAGAAGAACAUAAAGAAGAUAUCGUCGAAAAACCGAAGAAAGAGGAGCCAGUUAAACUGUUACCCAUUACUACACCUGUCCUAGAACCCAAAGAAAAUGUAUUAAAAGUUAAAAUCGAAAAGAAAAUGGAUCCUAUUCCAAUGGAGCCUUCCAUUUCAAAAAUAUUGCCGCCAUCUAGCCCGCUGAUCGACACAGAGGAAGACAAAUCUGAACCUGACAGCCCGGCAAGAAUUGAUGUGCUACCGGAACCACCACCUGGGUUCUUAUUACAAUCCGAAGGACCGAAAAUAGCUGAAAAACUACUGAAAGCUAUUAGCAGUGCCAAGAGGCUCUCUAUGUCUCCACCACCUAUAGAGGAUCGACCCAUCACUCCGAAGACCGACACCAUUAAGCCGCUCAGACCAGAUAGCAAAUUAUCUCCCAUAUCCCCUGACCCUAAGCCCAUUAAACCAGAGACAGGGAAGCCACAUGUCAAGCCCAUCGAACCAAUCAAGAAAUCGCCUGAGACCGUGGACUCUAUAUUCGGAGAGCCAUCUAAUUUAAUUGAUGUAAAGCGUAACAUGCUUGAUAUUAAAAAGGUGAAGCCUGAAGAGAUAGCAGUGCCGCGGCUACAGAGCCCUCUGAACAUUUUGGAGCGUCGUAAAAGUGUGGCAGACCUGCCGCUCAGUGUUCCGGGCAAAAACAAUAAAGUGUUGAGUGAUACCAUUCAAAAGCUGUCGAGCCAGAUCAACCAGUCGGCGGCGGCGGCUGCGGCCGCUGUGCCGCUACCCUUCCCCAGUGAUGAUCGCUCCGACUCCAGCGACUCGGAUGACUCCGACAGAAGGUUAAUAAUUGACAAGCUAGCCGUGGAUGAGUGGGGUAGCGGUGGUAGUGGCGGCAGUUCCGAGCCUGCGAGCGUAGCGGCCACAGCGGGCACCUUGGCUAACAUGGCCAGCAUAGCUGGCGUGGCCAGCAUGGGCAGUGUGGCCGGUAUGGGCAGCGUGGCCGGGCUGGGCAGCGUGGCCGGGCUGGGCGUGGCGGGCGCCAGCAUGACGCUGGGCGCGCGCGCGCUGCACGCCGGCAAGUCGCCCGGCGAGUGGAGCGCGGGAGAGUCGCUGCUCAUGCUGGAGGAUGCCUGCAAGAACGAGCGGAAACACAGUGCUAGCGUGGUAGUGGCCGGUGGUCGCGAGGCGCGCGACGAGGACGGCAGCAUCUCCCUGCUGCUGUGCGAGGAGACCAUCCCGGGCUCCCCCGCGCCGGACGCCGAACCCGCUCCGCCGCGCCAACGCCUGCACAUGCCCUUCGCCUCUGCACCCGCGCAUCAACACCCCAAGGAAGAACGUCGCAACGCAGGAGUGGCGGCGGGCGCGGGCGGGGGUGCGGAGGGCGCUCGCGAGGCGGGCUGGGGGCGCGGGCGCGCGCUCGUCGACAACACGCCGCCCACCACGCCCGACAGUAGCCUCGACAUGUCGCCGCCGCACCGGGAUCGCCGGAUUUCGGAACGGGACAGUCCAUCCGAACGAAAAGAAGAUGAAGAUGAAAGCCGGAUGAACGAUGCAGCCGGUCUUGAUGUUGAUAAAGGACACGGCGGGCGUCGCUCGCGCAAGGCGUCGGAGAGCUCUGCGAGCGCGCGCGGGCGGCCGCGCCGCACCCGCCGCGACACCGACGACGCCGCGCACCAUCACCACGCGCCGCUCAAGUACAACUUCUACGUCGAUUUAGAUCCUUCAUGGGAUUGUCAGACACGUAUAAACGUGCUGACGACUCGACUAGCAGACCUCCGCAAAGCGUACCACUCAGUGAAGGCGGAGCUCGCAGCUAUCGACCGCCGGCGCAAGAAGCUGCGUCGGAAGGAAAGAGAAGGUCAGCUUACAUUUACCUGGACGCGAAAGUAGCUACGGAUUGAGCUGUGAAGGCUGCCAAGGCUGCGUGCUCAUGAUAACACGUGAACUAAAAUCUAUCGAAGACAAUCAAGAUACGGAGUUUGUUCGUUUUAGAAUGAACACGUUCAAAAGAAACAAACUAUGUUGUGCUCUGUAUACUACGGCAUUUUAUGAUUCAUUCAAUGGACAAGAUUUUAUUCCUAUAAAGUAGUGAUGAACUUUAUUUGUUCUCAACAGUCUGUAAAUAGAGCAAAUCAAAUUAUUUUGAUAUCCUAUAGCAUUUGUUCAUAAAUUUUAUUUGAUCUUGACGUUUGAAAAUGAUAGGAUGAUAAUAUUAUUGUCUUCUUGUAUAAAGUUAAAUUUACUUGUUCUGAGAAUAUUUAUACGAUUUUAUUCACUAUGUAUUGUAGAAAUUUGUAGUUUCAAAACAUGAAAGUUUUACUUAUAUGUAUUUGAAUUGAAGUAGUUUGUGUGACCAUAAGGGAUAAUCAUGGCAGGUUCAUAAUUGGAAGGUAUCUAUGAAGACUGAUGGAGUGAAAUAAUAACAUGUUGAAAUGAGAAGAUUAUAUUUAUUUCCUAAAAAUUAUAAGUAAUGAAUGUCUCAGAUAUUUGUUAUGUUUAUGUCAAUAAACAUUUUUUUCCUGAAA